CUAGCGUUUUCUACGCGAGCAAUAAUAAAACAUCCUCUCAGGCCCAUUAUCGUACCUACCAAUCCGAUAACAUCUUUUUUCAAACAUUCCCUCUUUCGCAAUCCCUCUUCCAUAACUCACACUUCACCACUUGUGCCGAACCGUACGUAUGCCACCAAUACAACUGGACAAUUCAAAACAUAUAAACCACGUACACCCGGUCUUCGCUGGCUGCGUCGUCCGAUUAAUGAUCAUUUGUGGAAAGGCAAACCAGUUCGGAAACUAACUUUGCCCAAACGCUCGAGUGGUGGGCGCAACCAUCACGGACGUAUCACAGUGAGACAUCGCGGAGGCGGCCAUAAACGUAGAAUUAGGAUCAUAGACUUUAAUAGAUGGGAGAGCGGUGCACACGAAGUACUCAGAAUAGAAUACGAUCCUAAUAGAUCAGCACACCUGGCAUUACUGAGACAUAAAGAAUCAAAUAACUUAAGUUAUAUCCUCGCACCAUUUGGUCUUAGAGAAGGCCAUGUGGUGCAUUCAUUUCGCUCGCAGCAAACCCUUGAACGAGAGGGUGAAGAUCCAUCUAUCACUAAACUGGCGGCCUUGGAGAGAGGUAACUGUCUUCCUCUUCGUAUGAUACCCCAGGGAACUACGAUCCAUUGUAUUUCUCUUCGACCUGAUGGGCCAGGUAUUCUAUGUCGGUCAGCUGGUACGUCGGCUCAGAUAAUUCACACGGGAUCGAAGGGGUAUUCACAAGUACGUUUGAAUUCUGGUGAAGUGCGAUUAAUCCAUGUUGACUGCUGCGCUACUAUCGGAACAGUGUCUAAUCCGGACCACCAACACAGAAUGUUGGGUAAGGCAGGACGGAGUAGAUGGUUGGGUAUUAGGCCGACAGUAAGAGGUGUGGCUAUGAAUUCUGUUGAUCAUCCGCACGGAGGUGGUAGAGGAAAGAGCAAAGGUAAUAGACACCCUGUCAGCCCAUGGGGCGUUCUAGCCAAGGGAGGAAAGACGAGGAAGAAGUCCAAUCCAUGGGUAGUUAAGCCAAGGAAAAGGAGAUGA